AUGUCCAAUGUUGAAGAUCCGAAAUGGCGAACAACGAAACAACUUUCUCGUGCCCCACGUUGGGCGGCAAAAAUUGAUCAGUUUCAAUCGCGUGAUAUUAUACUUCAUCGUAGAAAUGACCAAUUGCAACGUGUUUCGGAACUUCAUCGUAGUUACGACGCAUUACAAUACCCAAUAUUGCAUUGGAAAGGUGACGAUGGCUAUAAUAUAAAUAUACCAAUGAUUGAUCCACGAACAGGUCUACAUGUACAGAAAAAAGUUAGUGCCAUGAAUUUUUAUUCUUAUCGAUUGAUGGUUCGUCCACAAGAACAAAAUUAUAUCUUGAGAUGUCGUAAACUAUAUCAUCAAUACAUCGUUGAUAUGUACGUCAAAAUAGAAACAGAACGUCUUAAUUUUAUUCGUUUCAACCAAGCAAAAUUAAGAUCUGAACAAUAUAUUCAUUUGCAAGAUGCGAUAGCGAAUGAUGCUAAUAUUAAUGACAUCGGACGUUUAACUAUAUUGCCAUCUUCGUAUAUAGGUAGCCCACGGAAUAUGAACGUAUAUGCACAAGACGCAAUGUGUUAUGACAGUCGACAACCAAUCGUCAUGACAUUACUGCGCGUGUUUUUCGGCAAAAAUUUAAAGCAAUUAUGGAUUUAAUUGCGAAAUUAUAUGUAUUUGGGGAGGUGCGUUGCCAUAUGUACUCCAUUAAAUGGCAGAAAAGGGGAUUGCCGCACGCACAUAUACUAAUUUGGCUGGUACAUAAAGUAACUCCGGAUCAAAUCGAUAACCUUAUAUCCGCUGAAAUUCCUAAUUACACUGCUGAUCCUGAGUUAUUUCAAGUUGUCGUUAAAAACAUGAUACAUGGACCGUGCGGUGAACUAAAUAUGAAUUCACCAUGUAUGAUUGAUGAAAAGUGUUCGAAACGAUACCCAAGGCAAUUUACUUCAGACACAAUAACGGGCAAUGACGGAUAUCCGUUGUAUCGACGUAGAUCACCUACUGAUAAUGGCAAAACGGCAACCUUUAGAAUGCAUAACCAGGAAGUUGAAGUUGAUAAUCG